CGCGUUGCCGGGGCGGCGGGGCGGGCUGUCCGCCGGAAGCACCGGCGGCCGCGGCGGCGGAUGGAGCCUGAUCCCGAGCGAGCGGAGGCGCCGCGCAGGAGCGGCGUCGCCGGGGUACUAAAGAUGGGCCGUCGAGCCCGACAAGACCUCUUUGCAGAUGAAAACCUCAGCAGGAAGAAUUCCCCGUCUGCUUCUCUCGGAGAGGUUCCACCACCUAAACCCCCACGUCGGCAAGGAGGCUGGGCAGAUGAUCCUGUAUUGGCACCUACCAAGUCAGGAAGAAAGCAUGCAGAAGAAGUAGAAGACCAUCGUCUCAGACAGCAGAGCCUGGAGGCAUCAGAUGAUGGAGGAGACAUUCCUGUGAUCCCUGACUUGGAGGAUGUCCAGGAGGAAGAUCUUGCCAUGCAAGUAGCAGCUCCCCCCAGUGUGCAGGUGAACCGAGUGCUGACCUACCAUGACCUGGACAAAGAUCUAAUGAAAUAUGCUGCCUUCCAGACUCUGGAUGGGGAGGUAGACCUGAAGCUCCUCACCAAAGUUUUAGCUCCAGAGCAUGAACUACGAGAGGAUGAUGUCAGCUGGGAUUGGGACCAUCUCUUCACAGAGGUGUCAUCAGAACUAGUGACUGAGUGGGACCUGGGACAGUCAGAGAGGGAGGACCACCUCAAUGUCCCAUAGAGCUCUAACACACCAGAUGUCUCAUACAUCUAUCUCCUGUAAAUAGUUAAGCACUUUAAUUUUCUAUUCACUUGUUUGUAUUUGAGAAUUUAUUUCAGACAUGAAAAUAAAUGGGACCUUGCUUCAUAGAAAAAUUGUCUUGGGAGAAGUUUUGGUUAUUUCCUAAUAAGAAUUUUCAUUCUUGAAAGAAAUUAAGAAUUCUGAACACAAUAAAACAUUUGCUUAUAAAAGUCAUUCCACCUCAAUAGCACCUCUACAGAUAACUGCAAUGGUCGAUCUUUUCUCUGUGGAAAUGCAGCCUCUCUGGAGCGGACCAUCGUACAAUGGAGUGUGGUUUGCACUGAUGGCUAUCAGAGAAUCGUAGGCUGAUAUGACUUGUUUUCAUAGGACAUCCAGGUUACCAUCUUCCUCACAGCAGACACCUCAAGUUGUCAGGAUAUCUGAUUUACAUUUCAUCCACCAACCUCCAGCCUUUCCUUGUUAGUUUUACUUCUUUCUUGGAACAUUACCUCUGUAUUGACUCAGGAAGCAGCAUCACCUAUUAAACUGCCACUUCUUACAGCCCUUCUUUAUACCUUGAGGUUUCCCAGCUAAAUUCUGACCAGGCAUAACCUCACUUAGCUUUUGCAAUCACAUGAAACCACAGCCUGAAUGGAGAUUGCUUCAGGCAUAGGUACUUUGCAAGGAAAAUGUUCAUUCCAUGUGUGUGAAAGAAUGGAGCCUGAUGCUCUCAAACAAGGUAACUCCCUGGUGGAUGUUUCCUUGGAAUCAAGUAACUCACUGUUAUUGUCAUCUAAAGAAAAACUUAUUUAGCUGUUAAUACCUUGUCCCUGUAGAUCCAUGGUCAUUAUUUGCAGGAAACAGUAACAUUACUUCUAAACCAAUGUCCUUCAAAGCCUUGCCCUGUUGGAGAAUUUUGCUAUGUACUUCUGGGGAGAGCAGGUGCUGGGAGGAAGCUUGCUGUGCUGCUUUUCUUUGUUUGUUUGAUUGGUCUAAGAGAGCAAUGCAUUCCCACUUUUGUGACAGCAGGACAGGUCAAAUAACUCACUGUGAAUUCAGUACUCUGCAGAAUUUCAGGUGAGAGCUAACAUGCCAACAUCUUUACCAACAAAAAAGAAGGAGUUGGGCCCCAGUCUGGGGCCACAAAAAUAAUGGGAGGCUUAUCUAUCUUAAGGAAACACUAGGCUUUUUACAACCAAGACAUCUCUCCUAUAACUAGAAAACUAAGUGAGGCAUAAGCUUGGGAGACUAUUGUGUGGAAGAUAAUCCAAAAGUCAUUCUCUGAGCAGAGAAACCUGUUUUGUUAGGAGCAGAAACUUCCCAGCUGAGCUAGCAUCUACUUUUCUGUGACAGGAUUCCUGGCCAAAUAGAAUUUAGCAUGCUUUGUACAUCCCAGGAAAAAAUUUAAGUUCAGCAAACUAAAUGAGUGUUUUUGGAUACCUGCCUCAGCUGGGGACCCUGGGCAGGGAUACUCUGGAGUGGGAAGCAGGUGUGUGGGGGGCCAGGCCUGUGCCCAGUCUGGAAUCUUGGUAACCCAGCGAUCACCUGGGCAGAGCUGGAGAGAAGGGCUUGAAAAAAUGCCAAUCUCAUCUAUUUUAUGGCAAGAAGAGGUAUCUUUGAUCAUUUAGUCUGACCUGCUAUAAUAUAGGCCAUGGCAGAGUCCAUUGAGAUGGGGCUGAGCUUUGCCUGUGUUUGGAAAGGCCGACAAUGUAUUUAACUCUUUCCAGGUUACUUUCUAAUAGAUUAUUGCCAUUAUAGUUUAAAAUCUGCUUUAUUUCUAGACUCAGUUUUUUAGUUUCAUCUUUUGUUUCUGGAGCCUGCUUGCUUUCACCUUUCCACAGCCAUGCUGUCAGAUAUUUUCUCCCUGCUUCAGUAUUUAUGUGCACUGGGAUCAAGUUGUCUCUUUAAUUUCCUUCAAUAAACUUAAUAGACUGAGA